AGAACGUACAAGUUCGACUCCACAACAAAGUUUUUCAGGCAUCUGUGCUUUAUACCGCAACAAAAUGAACAACUGGCAUCUCAGUGUGUCUCAUAAUGAGGCACUAGAGGCCAGGGUCCUGAUGUAAUGGCUACACUAAGGACAAGGUGGCUUCUGUCCAUGUUGCUGGUCAACCUACCAAAUUGUUGUACUCCCACAGAUCCUCCUACUCAUCCCUCUCUCCCUGAGUGCUAUUUCCCAUGUGAUGAGGAAAGCUGUAAUGUAGAUAUCCACUGUGCUUGGGAUCCAGGGCCGGACCCUCAUUUCACCACAAACUACAGCCUGCACUGGGAGCCAGCAAUCAGCAAGGGCGGGUAUGUGAACAGUCAGACGAGUUCGAGUGCAGUAAUCGUUCGUGAAGACUUUGCCAACCACGGAAAGAUUCGUGUUUGGGUUAAGGCUGAGAACCUUCAUGGUUCCUUCACGUCUCCUGUAGUUGACCUCAACAUAGCAGAUAUCAACAAGCCACCACCUCCUAACAUCAAACUGAGGCAGCAGAAGUCAAUAGAGAUUGAGUGGCAUUCCUUCUGUGAUGAACUGGGGUUCUCUGAGGGAGUCUGUUAUGUCCGGAAUCGGAUUGAGGCAGACCGAGUUUGGCUUGAGUAUGACAGUGGACUCCUUCGCAUGCAUAUGAUUGAAAGUCCCCAGCCUUGCACAAUCUAUGAAAUUCAAGUUCGCUGUGCCUGUGCAACAGGCUUAAUAAGUGACUGGAGUACAAUCCACAGAAUAAAGAGCACGGAAACAGACCCUCUUGGAAAGCCAGAUAUAUGGUGGGAUUGUGGGACAUCUCCUGCAAGCUUUAACUGUGCUCUGACCUGGAAGAACCUUGCUGCAUCUCAGGCAUGCAGUGUUCUGGGAUAUACAGUUACUCGGUUUUACAACAACGGCACAACUGUGUCUAUAACUGUGGAAAGCGGCGGAUUGUGCAAUAAAAUGCAAUGCCACCUCAACACUUCUCUGAAGGAUGUGUCAUCGUUCAAUGUGUCAGCCUUCAACACUUAUGGUGCCACAGAGCCUUCUCAUCUAGUUAUGCCAGUACCAGGUAAAGAGAAAAAUGAACAAGUUAUUCAACUCAACAUGAAUGAAGUGAACCUCACAGUGUCCUGGGAUCUGCCCUCUCAGCACACUGACAACCUGAAGGAAUAUGUGGUGCAGUACAAACAAGCAGGGUGUCCUACAGGCAAAGGAUUUGAUUGGAUCAAAGUGAAGAAAAACCAAACAGUAUUUUUUAAAGGUCCAUUUAAAAAGGUCACACCCUUCCAAGUGUCACUGUUCUCAGUAUCACACAGUCUGGAAGUCCAUCACCUCUCAUCAGUUAUUGGAUAUUCUCUUGAAGGAACUCCCUCCAGAGUGCGAUCAUUUAAGGUGUUUCCCGUUGCUCCAACUCAAGUGAAACUGAGUUGGGAGCCUGUUCCCCUGUUCGAGCGGAAUGGGGUGAUCCAAUACUACCAAAUAAGAUUAAACAGACAAAAUGUUUACAAUGUCAGUGCCACACAGCAUGAAAAUAAGAAUUUUGAGCUGAAGCAUCUGAGUCCAGGCCAGGAAUACGAGGUGUCGAUAAGAGCUGUGACUGUAGCCGGGCCUGGAGCAAAUGUCACCACAAAGUUCAAAACUGAACAGGAUGAAAAUUUUGUGCAUUUGAUACCAGCCGUGCUUGUACCAUCUUUGGUGUUUCUGUUGGUUGUAAUAUGCAUUCUUGUUUUACUCUGUUGUUGUCGUGGAGAGAAAGUGUGUCCACUGGUGACUUCAUGUUUCUGUGAGAAAGUGCCAGAUCCCAGCAAUAGUCACAUCUUCAGACAGAUGAAGCACCAGAUAAAUGACUCCUUGGCUUGGAUCUGUAUCCCCGUCAAUGAACAACAUCCCAAUAUCUCUAUGUUGGAGGUUGUUGAAAUCCAGCCCGGGGCUUUCAUGUCCUCCCCGGAGAAAACCUCUGACACUGAUGGAUUAACAAGGCCAAUUCUGAGAGAUGGCUGCUCACAGAUGGACUGCCAAGAUGAUCAGAGUGAGAAUGCUGUCUUAAAGCAAGGUGGCAGGACAGACCACAGAUAUGGAAGAAAGGAGUACAGCAAAAUGGUAGACUCUGAUGAGGAGAGGGACAAGGAGGAGGACAGGGAUGAUUGUUGGAGCUCAUCAGAUGAAGAACAGCUUACAUCAGGUUAUGAAAAGCACUUCAUGCCCACUGCUUCGGAAAUACUGGAAGCUUGAUGAUGUCUCAACAUUGGCUCAUGGACAUUCAACUCAGGUGUAUGUUGUUUUUUUAUGUGCAGAAAAUGUUCAAUGUGGAAAUGUGAUUUUAGAUGAUGACUCUCUGGGCAGGCAUUCUGUAGCCUUUCUCUGCAGGACCCUGGAGGCUGGACUCAGGUGAUUAGAGAAAUUUGCCUAGUAAAACUCAUGACCUGUCAGCCAGUCCCUUUCUCUACCCUUGCUUCCACCUUUUGCAUUAUUUUUAUUUUAGUAGGCCUAUUUGGUUUGAUUACAUUUUCGUUUCUCCAUUUGGUGUUCACUUUGGUUUAAUUUUUACUUUUUCUAUUUCAAUUACAACUUAUGUGUAGUCCCCCGUGUUGAACCUGGUUGUGGAAAUAUAAAGCAACUAUCAAACAAUUUGAUGUAAUUUAAUUUUAACUUAAUUUCAGUCAGGUGUCAUCAGGAAAUGUUGAAUGAAUGCCCAGUCCCGGGGCAUUCAUUUGAGUAGCAGCAGAGUUUCUGACCUAUUUAAUUUGACCUCACGUUGAAAACACAGCAAUGCCAGUGGAAUAUGUUUCAGUUUUUACUGGUACAGUAACGGCACAGUUCCAACACAAUCAUCACACAGCCAUGAUGUUAGGUAUUACACAUAAUAACAAAACACAUAAACCGACAAUACAUAGCAGACAUCACUUAAUCCAACAGCAUGUGGCAUAUACAGAACAACCCAAUAGUGUCAAUGAAGGUGCAUAUAGAGUUCUUUACUAAAAACAGUGUUGAAAUGCAUUUGUAAGAUACACUCUUGCAAAAUAUCAGCAAUAAAAAUUACAUGAUCAUCUGAACACCUUGUAAGCUAAUAACUAUAUUUAUAAAAUGUAAAAAAUAAAAUAAUAAAAAGAAAUACAUAAAAAA